AUGCCCGAAAGAGAUGUAGUGACAUGGAACACUAUGAUCUCUGGUCAUUAUCGUUCUGGGUUUCUCGAACAAUCUUUAAGGUUGUACGGGCAAAUGGUUUCUCAAGGGAUUUUGGAGAAUCCGUCGACUUUUUCGACCGUCUUGAGUAUGUGCGCAAUUGGAAAGUUCUUUGAAGAAGGACUCAUUGUGCAUUGUAGAGCAAUCGUUUUCGGGUUUUGCAAUAAUGUGUACAUUGGCUCUGCGCUCGUUGAUCUUUAUUUGCGAAUGGGACUUACCGAUGUUGCCUUAAGGCUGUUCGGUGCUUUGAAAGAGAGAAAUUUGGCUACUUGGAAUAUUGUUCUCCGCAGUUUAUGUGAAGCCGGAAAGUCGAAAGAUUUCUUAAGUAUUUAUAAUGAAAUGAAAUACGACGGUUUGGAGCCAAACGGGCUCACUUUUUGCUAUUUGAUUCAGGGCUGCGGUCACGGUAGGUUUCUGGAUGAAGGAUUGCAGCUUCAUUGUUUUGUAAUUAAGAACGGAUUUGUAAAUUUGAAUUUGUUCGUAGCAAAUGCUUUGGUCGAUUUUUACUCUGCCUGUGGUAAGUUGAUCGAAACUAAAAAAUCAUUUGCGGUUAUCCCUAAAGAGGAUGUUGUUUCUUGGAAUUCAAUGGUCUCGGUUUGUGCAGCCAAUGGUUACUCGUUUGAAGCCCUCGAAUUUUUUAACAGGAUGCAAUUUUGGGGCAAGAGGCCAUCUUCUUGCUCGAUCGCGGCAUUCUUGAAAUUGUCUAGCAUGGCUGGUAAUUUGCUUUUGGGGAAGCAAAUUCAUUGCUACACUUUGAAAUUAGGCUUCAACACAGUCUUCGUUCAAUCCGCUUUGAUCGACAUGUACGGUAAAUGUGGCGAUCUCCAAUGCUCGGUGGGCGUAUUUAACAGCAUUGGCAAAAGAACCGUUGAGUGUUGCAACCCACUCAUGACAUCUUUCCUAAAAUCUGGUCUAACCGAGGAUGCAAUUGAUCUGUUUGGUCUGAUGUUAGACGAGAAAAUCGGGUUUGACGAAACGAGUCUCUCUUUGGCCUUGAAAGCGUUAUCGAAUUCGAAUGUGGGUCCCGCUAGUUCUGCCAGCUGUCCAAUGCUGCACUGUUGCGCUGUGAAAUCGGGCUUCGAAUCCGAUGUCUCGAUUUUGUGCUCACUGAUCGACACGUAUUCUAAAUCGGGCCGGCCUGAAUCCUCCUUCAGACUCUUCCGUCAAAUUCGCUCGCCGGAUGUGCUUUGUUUCACUUCUAUAAUAAGUGCGCUCGCGCGGGAUGGGAAAGGGAAGGAGUGUGUUCGGAUGCUAUAUGAAAUGGUCGAAAAGGGUAUAAAGCCUGAUAACGUGACAUUCUUGAGCGUGUUAACGGGCUGCAACCAUUCGGGCCUGGUGGAGGAAGGGAGAUUGGUAUUUUCUUGGAUGCGGGCCCAUUUUGGCCCGUCUGCUGAGAGGCGGCACUAUUCGUGCAUGGCGGACCUCUUGGGCCGGGCUGGUUUGUUGGACGAGGCUGAGGAAUUGAUAGAGGGCAGCCCGUGGGAGGGAGAUUACGUAAUUUGGAGCUCCGUGUUGAGGAGCUGCAGGAUUCACCAACACGAACGGGUUGGGAGGAGGGCCGUGAAGAAGUUGAUGGAAAUCGAGCCCGAUAACCCUUCUGGUUGGGCGCAGGCUUCGAGUUUUUAUUGGGAGAUUGGGGAUUUUGAGGCCGCAAAAGAGUGUCGGGAGAUUGGGUUUGCGAGAAAAGUGGGGAAGGAGAUAGGUCGGAGUUGGAUCGAGACGUGUAGUGAUCAGUCGAGCUGUCGAUUAUAA